AUGGAGCCGAGGGUGAGUGGUUUGAAGGCUGACAAUUUUGUGAAGAAGUCGGGUUUUGAGCUCUCUUUCAGAGUUGAAGCCUCGGGUUUUUCAGGGGCUAUUUGGAUAAUGUGGCGUAAUUCUGUUAAGAUUGAUGUAGUGGUUGUUUCCAAUCAGUUUGUUCAUGAUCACUGCUUGGACUUGGUGAGCCGUCAUUCUUUCUUUAUUACGUUAGUGUAUACUAGUCCGAAUACUCUGAGGAGACGUACGAUUUGGGAUCAGGUGAGGGCUUUGGAACCGGAACUGAACAGCCAUUGGGUCUUAGUAGGGGAUUUUAAUGUCAUUUGUAACAGUUCUGAGAGAAUGGGUGGUUCUCAUAACCGUACCGAGAUUUGCUCAAGAUUUCGUGAUUUCUUAUUUAAUUCUGGCCUCUUAGAUAUGGGUUUUAAUGGUCCCCAGUUUACGUGGAAAUGGGGCUCCUUAUUUCAGCGCUUGGAUAGAUGUCUUUGUAAUAAAGAGUGGUAUGAUUUCUUUGCUAUGUCUGAGGCAUUCCACCUACAAAAAUUAGGCUCGGAUGAUAGGCCUAUCUUGCUUGUUUCGGAACCUAAUAAGCGUGGUAAUGUAGCUCAUCCUUUCCGUUACAUUGAUGCUUGGAACGACCAUCCUGGGUUUCAUAAUUUAGUUCCAGAUUCAUGGUGUAAGGAGAAGAGCAUGUAUGAUAACAUUAGAAAUCUCCAACGUAAUUCGGAAUACUGA